UGUCGAAGUUAGGGGAGACGCCCGCCCGCCUGCCCGGGCCUCGCCUCUGACCGCUCCCUCCGCCUCCUCCCCGCCCGGAGCCCCAGUUCGCCCGUCCUUCCUUCCCCUCCCGUGCAUGAUGGAAACACCAUGGCUGCGGCGGCCCAGCUCUCCUUGACACAGUUAUCAAGUGGGAAUCCUGUAUAUGAAAAAUACUACAGACAGGUUGAUACAGGCAAUACUGGAAGGGUAUUGGCUUCUGAUGCUGCUGUUUUCCUGAAAAGAUCAGGGCUUCCAGACUUGAUACUUGGAAAGAUUUGGGAUUUAGCUGACACAAAUGGCAAAGGAAUUCUGAACAAACAAGAAUUCUUUGUUGCUUUGCGUCUUGUGGCAUGUGCCCAGAAUGGAUUGGAGGUUUCACUGAGCAGCUUGAAUCUGGCUGUUCCUCCACCGAGAUUUCAUGAUACCAGUAGUCCCUUGCUAGUCAGUGGAACCUCUGUAGCUGAGAUCCCAUGGGCUGUAAAAUCUGAAGAUAAGGCCAAAUAUGAUGCAAUUUUUGAUAGUUUAAGCCCAGUAAAUGGAUUUCUUUCUGGUGAUAAAGUGAAACCAGUGUUGCUCAACUCUAAGUUACCUGUGGAUAUCCUUGGAAGAGUUUGGGAGUUGAGUGACAUUGACCAUGAUGGAAUGCUUGACAGAGAUGAGUUUGCAGUUGCAAUGUUUUUGGUAUAUUGCGCAUUGGAGAAAGAACCUGUGCCAAUGUCCUUGCCUCCUGCCUUGGUGCCACCUUCUAAGAGAAAAACGUGGGUUGUAUCCCCUGCAGAAAAGGCUAAAUAUGAUGAGAUCUUCUUGAAAACUGAUAAAGAUAUGGAUGGAUUUGUGUCUGGAUUGGAAGUCCGUGAAAUCUUCCUGAAGACAGGUUUACCUUCUACCUUACUAGCCCAUAUUUGGACAUUAUGUGACACAAAGGACUGUGGGAAGCUUUCAAAGGAUCAGUUUGCAUUGGCUUUUCACUUAAUCAACCAAAAGUUAAUAAAGGGCAUUGAUCCUCCUCACAUUCUUACUCCUGAGAUGGUUCCACCAUCAGACAGGGCCAGUUUACAGAAGAACAUUAUAGGAUCAAGUCCUGUUGCAGAUUUCUCUGCUAUUAAGGAGCUAGAUACCCUUAACAAUGAAAUCGUUGACCUACAGAGGAAAAGCAAUAGUUAUAAUAUCAGGGCAGUGGUGCUGGGAGCCUCGCAGGCACAGUGCCAUUACUUGGAGCCUGUGGAGGCAGCAACAUAG